AUUGGGUUGAAUCCUCGAGAACUGAAAGCUGAGGACUCGUCCCGUGGCGCCAGACGAAAGGGAAGAUCCUCUCAUUUUCCGAUCAAACAACAGUAGGUUUUGCUUUGGGGUCAACAAUUUUCAAUAAUGUCGGAGAAAGGCGAAAAGGGUUUUCCAGUGCAGAAGAAACCUGGAAAGUCUUCGCUCAAAUCUUCGGCUUCCAAGGAUGCUUCUCUAAAAGGAAAGGAUGACAGUUUGUCGAAGUCAAAGAAGGGUAGGAAAGUCCAGUUCGAUGCUCAAGGGUCAGUUGAUGCGCAGAUCAAUCUUUCAUUGAAAUUCAGUGGAAAAAAUGGUGACUUGGGUAAAGGAGGGAAAGGUAUAAAUGGUGGGAAGGCUUCUGUUUCAAAGGAACAACAACCGCUAGAACUGAAGAUUGAGCAAGAACUUCCCAAGAAUGUUAAAUGCCAAUGCCUUAUGGACUGUGAGGCUGCACAACUUUUACAGGGAAUCCAAGAUCAGAUGGCUCUUCUAUCAGCAGAUCCAACCAUCAAAAUCCCUACGUCAUUUGAUCGGGGACUGCAAUAUGCUAAACGAGCCAACCACUAUGUAAAUACCGAGUUGGUUAGACCAGUUCUUGAAACCCUCAAGAAAUAUGGUGUAGCGGACAGUGAGAUAUGUGUGAUUGCUAAUGUCUGCCCAGACACUACUGAUGAAGUUUUUUCUCUUGUUCCAUCUUUGAAGAGCAAAAGAAGCAAGCUAACCGAACCUCUGAACAACGUCUUGAUUGAGCUAGCCAAGCUAAAAUCAUCCUGAAGUGAAGUCACAAGGUUGGUUGCUUACCGUUGCUGGUGCUCAGGUCCGGUUGCCUUCAUCCUACGAAGAUUGCUUUAUAUGGCGCUUAGAAAGUUAAGACCUUUUUUUCUCUUUCAAUGCAAUUCAAUAGAGAUAUAACUGUAUUUGCUUACUGGAAUUGUUGAUAUAUAGUGUAGAAAUAGGGGCUACUCUGCUGAGAGAAUGCCUCUCCCAGGUGAUGAAGAUCAGAUAGAAAAACCAUCAUCGAUGAUCUAAUGUAAAGGGAGUCAUUUCUACUGGAUGCUACACAUGUUUUGACUAUUUUAA